AUGCACUAUGAUAAGAUGUCGCGGCUACGCUACUACAUCAGUUUGUUGGAUCUGCUGGCUGCAUGUGCCGAGGGAGAAAACUUGUUCAUUGAGUCGCUCUGUCAAACCAUCCUCCCAAUGGAAGAACUGCUGACCAUCCUUAACAACCCAUCCAUAGACAACGUUCUCAAGAAGCCAUUUGUUCGAUGCCUGCAUCACAUCUACAUGAAAAGUACAGGCAACGUUGUGGACAUGCAGACAAGCGAGAUCCCACAUGAUAC